AUGUCGGGAGCCCCUCCUCCCCCUACUCCCACCGCCGGCGGUCCGCCUCCCGCGCAGUAUGCAAGCCAACCGCCUCAGCAUGCUCCUGCCGGUGCCGGGCCGUCGACUGCACCGUCGGGCGGUGGCGGUGGCACGACUGCCACUUCACAGUCGGAUCUGAACAAGAUUUCCCUGUGCCUGAUCCCUAUGACACUACCUGAGAACGAUGAUGCCGAAGCGAGUGCUUUCUUUCAUGUCUGCUGCUUCGCCCUGGGGGAAGCCAUCAUCGAUCGCUACACACAAACAGAGGCAACCUUUCGUAGAGAAUCUGCUCAUGUCAGUGCUGAUGGAAGGCCGAUUCAUACGCGGGCUGAGGAUGCUGGCCCAAAAAGAUUCUUACGGGCCUUUAACCUAGUAAGAGACUGGGUAGAGAACAAUCUCGAUGUUUACAAGUUUGAAUUGAGGAAGAUCCUUUGGCCUCUGUUCGUCUAUUCAUAUCUCGAUUUAGUCGAAAGCGGCUAUGCGGAUGAUGCAAAGCAAUUAUUGCAGACGCUACAACCGCAGUUCCAGAGUGUUCACUCAGAUGCUCUCAAAACACUUGCAAUGGUCACGUUGCCGGUGCACGUCAAAGAAAAUGACAUGACGAGAAAGUACCGCGAGAACAAAUAUCGUAUUCCGCUGAACCAGUUCGUCACCGGAAAUCUCUUCAGUUUUCUCGAGCGCGAGUCCGACAAUGGGGGAUCUGUUGCCACUUUCAUCCUUCAGACUCACUGUCUGCUUGAGUCAACAGCGCGUGGCCCCAUUGAGCCGUACAGCUUCGAGGCUAUCUACCGCAAAACGCAGAACUUAGAUCUGGAUGAGGCCGAUGCAUCAGAGGGAAUUCCCGGAGUCUUUACGGGGAGCAAUAACAAGGAUGCUUUGGACGCAACCGCACCCCUGAAGCUAGGACCUCUUCCCAUGGAACCCGAGCUUCGGGAUGAUGUCCGUGCCGAGUUGGAAGAUGAAGAUCAACGACAGCCGCCAGCGCCCGGGAGGCCGUCCCUUGUCGAAGAAUUUGAGGCCAAGAUUAAAAGAGAAGACAGUGCGGACGGGCCACUUAGAAGUGAAUUGCCACUUCCUCCAUCCCGAGCACGCGAUGUUGUCAUGGAAAUCCAGAAGGUACGGGAGAACCGAGACCGCUUCAAAAUAGAGGGUCGGACAGGUGGUGUGGGAGUCUCAGUUUCGAUUUGCAUGUUCACGUUCCACAACACACUUGGAAGCGUUACUUGCAUGGACUUCUCCAAGGACAACCAGUUUGUAGCAGUUGGGACAAUGGAUUCAUAUAUCCGCGUUUGGAGCCUGGAUGGAAAACCACUCAAGUCCAAGGUUCCCCAGGAGCAAGACAUACAUGUGAACAACCGCAAGCUUGUCGGCCACUCGGGACCAGUCUAUGGUGUUUCUUUUUCAGACUCCAUAGCCAAUACCGACCAUAACCUCUUCGGCGACGAAAGUAACACCACCAAUAUCGAUACGGGCCCCAAGCUGUUGCUGUCGUGCUCUGCCGAUGGCCAAGUUCGGCUGUGGUCAUUGGACGUGUGGAGUUGCCUCGCCGUAUACAAAGCUCACCACGGACCGGUGCUCCGGGUGUUAUGGGGGCCACAUGGUCACUACUUUGCGACGGCAGGGUGGGACAAGACUGUCCGAGUGUUUAUGCAGGAUCAUGCAUCGGCGCAAAGAAUCAUGGUCGGCCACGACACGAGCAUAUCGGCACUGGCAUGGCACCCUAACGGAACAUAUGUCUUCUCGGCAUCAGACGAACAGGACAAAUCGAUUCGGAUGUGGUCAGUCCAGACAGGAAACUGUGUCCGUGUCUUUACCGGUCACACCGAGUACAUCAGCACGUUGGAGGUUGCGCCCAAUGGCAAGAUUCUGGCGAGCGCCGACAUUGGAGGCAACAUUAUCUUCUGGGACAUCUCAAAGGGCAAGCGCAUCAAGCGAUGUCGCGGGCAUGGAAAGGGCGGUAUUCCGUCGCUGAGCUUCAGCGUCGAGUCCAACGUCCUUGUGUCUGGUGGCCUGGAUGGGACAGUUCGACUUUGGGACGUAGAGCUCCCGGCCGAUGGCAGCAAGGCGAAUGCUACUGCCGGGCCAUCUGCGGCUGCUGUAGCUGGGCAGCAGGAAGGAUCGGGUGCUGGAGGAGCAGCUGGGGACAACGCUGCUGCUGGAGGCUCUGGCGAGCGGAGCAUCACAGUCGGUGCACAACCAGGUCAAGCAGCCUCCUCGGUGGGCGCUUCAGUCGGAGCAACAAGUGGCAGCGGCAGUGGGAGUGGAGGGACUGGAAAAAAGAAGGGCAAAGAGGUACAAAUCACCCCUGAUCAGAUCAGCGCCUUUCCAACCAAGAAGACGCCUGUUCUCAAGGUGCAAUUUACAAGGAUGAAUUUGGUAGUAGCAGGAGGCUGUUAUGAUCCGGAGCGAUAG